AGAAAAUCGUGUUUUGCCAAAUUGUCUUGUGUGAACAUUGGUGAAUGUGUAAGGAGUACCAAUUUCUUCUGAAUUUGCAAAUAAUCUUCUUUAUGUCUGUCCUAGAAAACAUUUACCUGCUCACUAAAGAAUGUGUUUCCCAAAGCAAGCCUCACAUGGUUUAUAGAUGGAAGGUUUCUUCAAGGUGAAGAAGAAGGAAUAAACAUUACCAAUGAAGAGAGAAAAGGCAAAAAUGGAUUUCUGGAACUCAAGUCUAUUUUAACAAGGAUGCAUGGUAGUGAACCAACCCAAUCAAGUAACCUGACCAUUUGGUGUAUGGCUCUGUCUCCAGUCCCUGGAAAUAAAAUGUGGAAUACUUCAUCAGAAAAGAUCACUUUUUCCUUAGGUUCUGUGAAUGCCCCAACCACGGAGCCUCCACCCAGUGUCACAGACUCUCCCCUGAGCACCCCGCCAUCUCCAGCCAACAGUGUAUCUCCUACCAGAUAUCCAGCUACAUUUUCAGUGAUCCUCGUGGAUGGGAGUACAUUGACACCACGUGCCACCCCUCAAACCAGAAAUUCCAGUAUGACUACCCAAGGCUUCAACUCCUCCUCAACCUCCAGCGGGAUAGACGCCAAAAAAUCGGUUUCAUGGAUACCCAGUGAAACAUACAGUUCAUCCCCCUCAGGGGCAGGCUCAACUCUUCAUGAUGAUGUCUUCACCAGCACGAGCACAACUGGAGAAUUUUCAGAAGCCCCCACAUCAGCCAAUGGAUCUACUAACAAUAGUCACAUCCAUAUCACCAGCAUUGUAGUUAAUAAGCCCACUGGUGGAAUGUCCUGGCCCGUGAUUAUAGCAGCUCUGCUCUUUUUCUGCAUGGCACUGUUUGGUCUUGGAGUGAGAAAAUGGUGUCAAUACCAAAAAGAAAUCAUGGAAAGACCCCCGCCUUUCAAGCCACCACCACCUCCCAUCAAGUACACAUGCAUUCAAGAGCCCAUUGGAAGUGACCUGCCUUGUCAUGAGAUGGAGACACUCUAAUCCUUUGAGACUUUGCCAUACAGCAGAACUCUGCUGGGAUCCUAUUGAAAAGGUAGAUACUCUUCUCCAUUAAUAUAAUCACCCUCCAGCCAAAACUCUGCUACAGCUGAAAUGGAUGUUAGAAGCAAAUAUUCUGUUUUCCCAGCAACUUGCCCUGGGCGCAUGCCUGAAAUUUAGACAAGAGUGAAAGGAUAAGGCCACAUUCACACCCAGUGCAAGUUGUAGGGAUUUUCUUGCUUAUGUAAGAGAUAUGCAUCAGGCUACUAUCAUUAAAAAGUAAGUACAGUGUUUUCAUUUUUUAUUUUAACUCUGAGAGGCCAACAGUGAUUUCAAGCAUAUACCCAUAGCAGAUUCUCUUCUUCUGGAAAUCUUCCAACAUCCCAAACUCUCUGCCAAAAGCAUGAUGAUCUCUGACUUUUGUUGCAUUCCCUAAGAAAAUUUCAAGAAGAAAAUAUGAAAGUCCCUGCACUCCAAAGGAUGAAGAGGUGCAGUUAUUCUUCAGACUGAAAUUCCAUUGUUUAUUUUCACUGAAGGAAAACAAAAUAGCCUGCUCAAGAAUCUGUCUCACCCUUCUUCUCAUCAUGUUUUGCCCAGGCUCCUGCCACAUGGAUCAGGAUAGGGCAGAGAGGUUGGAGAGAGAGGGAAGGGGCAUGGGAUUAUAAAUGAUGGUGAUGGUCAUUAUUAUCCAAAGUACAUAUAUGAAGACACAAGUUGGUGUGAAUAUACUUUACAUACAACCAGAGAUUUGAAAAAUUGUGCUCUAUAUGUGUAAUAAUAAUUGUAAUGCAUUCCGCUGUCAUAUAUAAAUUAAAAAAUUAAAAAACAAAAGUGAAAACAGCUAGGGAUGUAGUUCAGUGGUAAAGUGUUCCUGGGUUCAAUCCCCAUACCGAAAAAGGAAAAAGAAAAGAUAUUCAUAAAUAAAUUGAGAGAAAGCCUAAAAAAAAAAAAAAGUGGUUUCCAUUGUCAGUUUGCCUUUGUGUGUAUGUGUGUGUGUGUGUGUGUGUGUGUGUGUGUGUUUGUAUCAAACUGCCACCAAACUGUUGCACAAGUAAACAGGCAACAAGCCCUAAUCUAACUCAUCUAAUUCCCAUUAUUCUCUUUUUCAUCUGGGGACUUUCCUGUUCAUCCAACCUUCGUAUUUUGAUCUGUCUUGAAAUAGAUAACAGCCUCAAGUCAGACCAGCACUUAUCAAUUAAGCCCACUUCUACCAAUCUUUUACAAAAUAAUUCAAGCAGAAGGUAGAGGUGGUGGAAAAGAAAUCUAAUUAGUCAGAUGUGCUCUGUGUUCAGCAACAGUUUGCAAGUGAAUAAAUUUCUGAUCCCUCUUGUCCCUCUAAAACCUCCCCCACUUCUUGCCCCAGGAGGAAAGAACAGAUGUUGUUGACAGUUACAGUGAUAGGCAAAUUCUAGGUGGACUUUCAACCCAAAAGGAACCUUUCUUGUUCAUUUGCUGUAUUCUUAUCCCUGACUGCACAGGAAAAUAACUUAUGAUUUGGCUAUUUUUUUUUUUUUUAGAAUUUGUAUUUUUUUUUACUACCAUGGCUAUCCCACUCCUAAUCAAUUAAUUAGUGUCUCUGAAGAGCAGGGUACAGGCAUCACGCACUCUUAGAUGAUAAACAUGUUCAGCCAAAAUUGAGGACUGCUGAGCCCAGGGACAUCCCUGCUCAUUGAUUAGAAUCUUAGAUACUUGGCCAACCUCCAAGAUGACCUCCAGAGAUUAUUGCUCUUUGCUAUCCAUACCCUGUACAGUCCCCUGAUCACUGAAUACAACUGACUUGUGUAAAACAGGACCAGGAUUCAUAUAAAGCAAGUGGGGCAUCAAGGGUACACAAUUGAAAGAGAUAUUCACACUGAAGGUCAUGCACUUGUACAAUCACUUGUACAGCGAUUGCCCAGCCUGGCUCUGGUAUAACAAAUAAAGUACUGCAGGAAAGGCCAGAGCGUGACUUCCAAGGUUAGGUCGUAAAGUGUAUAGUAGUUCCCACCUCGAUCUCGCUUUGGAUCACUGGAUCUGGAGGAAGCCCUUUCCAUGCUAUAAUGUCAUGCAAGCAGCCCUAUUGAGGUCCAUCUGUGGAGGAACUAGGACCUCUUACCAACAACAAGCGUGGACAUGCCAGCCAUGGAAAUGAGCCACCUUGGAAGCUGAUCCUCCUUCUCACAUUUUCAGAUAAACUGCAAUUUCACAUGAUCUCUUGUCUGUGAACUCAUGAAAGGAAGACCCAUUCAUCCAAGUUUUAUUUUUCCACCUUAAAUUUCUGACUCAUAGAAACUAUUAAAGAAUAAAUUCUUAUUGUUCAACAUGACCAAGUCUGGAUAUAAUUUGUUACUUAGCAAUGGAUAACUAAUAUAUCUCAAUUAAUGGAAAAAUAAACUGAUGUUUGCUUGCAUUAACUA